AAGCUCUCGCGAGAACUGCGCGUUGUUAUUGCAAGAGAUAGCUAGCACGCAGCCGGGUUAUCUAGAUUUCUGCAGUCUUCCUCAUCUGAAGGACUGCAAUGGAUGCUGUCGGAGCCCUAGACGAGGCAGAGAGGCCCCGGCAUCGUCCUUUCCUCAUAGGGGUCAGCGGAGGAACCGCAAGCGGCAAGUCAACAGUUUGCGCCAAGAUCAUGGAGCUCCUGGGCCAGAACAAGGUGGACCACCGCCAGAGGAAGGUGGCUAUUGUGAGCCAGGACAGCUUCUACAGGGUCCUGACCCCGGACCAGAAGGCGAAGGCUCUGAAGGGCCAGUACAACUUUGAUCACCCAGAGGCAUUUGACAAUGAGCUAAUGUACAAAACCUUGAAGGACAUCGUGGAGGGAAGGGUGGUUGAAGUGCCGACGUACGACUUUGUCACUCAUUCCAGGUUGGAAGACAGGAUCACAGUUUACCCAGCAGAUGUGGUCCUCUUUGAGGGGAUCCUGGUCUUCUACCCGCAGAAAGUGCGGGAUAUGUUUCACAUGAAGCUUUUUGUGGACACGGAUUCAGACGUCAGACUGUCUCGCCGAGUUCUGCGAGACAUGAGCAGAGGGAGGGACCUGGAACAGAUUCUCACUCAGUACACAACAUUCGUCAAGCCUGCUUUUGAAGAGUUUUGUUUGCCUACAAAGAAGUAUGUAGAUGUCAUCAUUCCAAGGGGAGUUGACAACAUGGUGGCCAUCAACCUCAUCGUGCAGCACAUCCAAGACAUACUGAACGGUGACAUCUGCAAAUGGCAGCGCGGGUCCAUUAACGGGCGGACCUUAAAGCGGGCCAUCGCCGAGCAGAGCGACCUGCAGAACGGAGCCGCUAAUCCCCCGGGGAAGAGGGUGCUGCUGGAGCCCAGCUGUCGGCCUCACUGAGGACCCGGGCGGGUGGACGGAUGUGUCCGGACUGUAUGAUACGAGCUUUGAGAUUUUCAGAUCGUUGCUACUGAAAUGUGCUGGAUGGUUCGGCAACUCGCGAGGCCAAUCUCAGCCGCUGCAGGCAUUUUUUUUUUAAAAAACAGAAAAGAUAAUCCACAAUCCCACGGUGGUACAAGCAUUCAGUGCUGUGACCUCUUCAUCUUUUACCGUAAUUACUGGUGCAUAAAACUAAUACGCAUAUAUGAUAUAAUAUAUGAUAUAAUUUUCACUUGUAACAGUCUUCCAUGAUACCGUUUGUUUUUUUCAGUGUUGACUGUGGUUAGAUGACCUGUUACUGAAAUGGAGGAUUAUGGAGUAUUUGAAUGUUUAAUUUUAGUCGAGCUUUUGCACUUUGACCUAUAUUUAUAUCUGCUUUUUAUGGCUUUAUUUUUUGGAUUAUUCCAUUUAAAUUAUUUUGUCGCUUUUCUCCUGCAGUUCCUGUGUGUUUUAAGUUAUUUAGAUCACAUCUGGCCAGAUGGCUGUGUGUUAAGUUCACCCCAAAAAAAAAAAAAAGGAUUCAGUCACCAUCUACUCUUCCACAUGCCAGCAGAGUUUUGUAGCUCACAAAACAUUUCUGGAACUUCAAAGCAAAACAGUUUUGCCUCAUUCUCCUUAACAACUGUACAAGUACUCGUUCUCUGGACUUGUUUUACAACGUAAAAAUAACCAAAACAAAAACAGGAUAUAACAUGGCUCUAUAUAGGCCUUUUAAUCUAUCUUUAUUCACUACCGUUUUAAAGCUAAAAUCAUCACUUGAGCUGCUAAGCUAUGAGCUCACAGCCCGUUUGAAGUGGGUGCACAAGCUUGACCUCGUGUUGAGGAUGUAAAUAAAGUCUUUUCACAACAGUUUGGGAUUUCGAGGCUUCCAGAGUCUUUGAUCACAGUAGUAUGUAGUCAGUUUAUUUAUGUAUUUUUUUUUGCGGUUGUGUAACGUUUUAAAACAAGUCCCCAACAACGGAGAAUGCUUCAACACUGUUUUGCUGCAAAUAUUUUGUGCAUUAUGAAACUUCACCCGACCCUCCUCCCGCACGAGGGGUGAGUAGACAAUGACUGAAUUUAAAUUUUUGGGUGAACUCAUCCUUUAAGUAAUGUCACGCUUUGACUGGUAUCGAGUGCUUCCUCUUUGAUUUACAGUUCAAUACAUGCCUUAAUUUUUUAAGUUCAUUUUCCACUGACCACUCUGUGCAACAAUAAAUGGAAGUUCUAUGAAA